AUGUCUGACCCACUGCCCCUGCGUAUUGUAUCGCCAGUGCAAGCUCUACAGUCCAAACCAACCUACAAUGCAAAUGCAAAUGCAGCACUGGCUGCACCUGCCAUGACGAUAUCUACUGCUGCAAGUAGCAGUGUUAAUGUGCCUUCAAAAAGUAUCAAUUCUCCUGUCACUACUGAUGAGGGCAGUCAUUCACUUCCUAAUAAAGAUAGCAAAACCCUCCCAUCAAGAGCCUUUUCAACCACUACGCUUAAUCAAAUAUUCAACCAGAUUCGUCCACAUCAAUUUACAUCAUCCUGCAUGGUUGAUUCCGAAAUCCAAAAGCUAAUUACGCUGCUCCUGCGAGAUUAUGUAGCAUCUUGGUUUUCAAUUAUUUCAGACAAUGAUGAGUUUAUUACCGAGCUUAUUCGCACCAUUUCCCAUGUUAUUCGAGAAUGUGAGCGACGACUCAAUCGGGUCGAUUUUGUUGCGCUCGCCUGUCGAGACUUGCCAGAGAUUCUACAACGUCAUAUCAGCGACUAUAGAUUGUGCUGUGAAAAAAUGGGCACAUCUUAUGCAGGGGGCCGAUCUUUGGAAGAGCUUUUUCAUGGCUGUCAACCUCAUAUUGCUUUGAAUGAUACUGCUUCCGAGUCCGAGUAUUUACGGGGUGUAGCCGAGAUUUUGCUAGAUACAUUACUCCCAGAAACAGAGCAUCGAAGUGAAAGCGUUAGGUAUCUUUUGCGCGAGAUAUUGACCAACAAUGUGCUUGCAAUGCUUCUCAAUAUCCUCUCAGAACCCGACUAUCUUAAUUUAUUGUUUUUAAAUCUUUUUGAAACAGACAAUCUUGAAGAAUCUCCAACCAGCGACAAUCUACAUUACUCGGCUAAUUCUCCAAAGAUAAAUAUAGAAUCUCCUACUAAAAGUAGUAUGUUCAAUGAUCUCUAUGGCACUGGUCUAACCUCUGAUGAGACGGAUAUUGGAUUAGCAUGUGGAUCAGAUGCUGAAAAUGAAGGUGCAGCCAAUUCCAUUUUGUUUCAAGUUCAGGCGCCAAACAACCUGUUUGUAAAACGGAGAAAAGCACGUCAGCAAAAUCCACCGCAUGAAACAAAGAAUUCAUUUGUCAAGUUCACCAUGGGUGGAUUAGAAAAAAUGACUAGCAGCAUCGACAAGUUUAAAAAUCUUGUAACUGCUCGUGAUCAAGAUAUGGAAACUGGAGCGGAUCGACAGUCGACUCGCUACGGAAAACAAUCAGAUCGCAGAAUACAGAAAAAAAAGCUAAAGGCGUCGGAAACGGAUCGCGAGUUUGAAGGAUAUGCAACCUCGUCUAACUCUGCAGCUAUUGCGUUUGGAAAAGAUUCUAACAGUACCAAUCUAUCUAAAUCAUCAAUGAAAUUGCAAAACGAUGGAAGCAGCAGUAGCAAAUUAAAUUCUGACUUGCUUACUCCACAGUAUGACGGUAGGAGAUUAUCAGAUGGCGUUUCGCUUGGUCACUACGAAAGCGGUGCCAGUGACAGUGAUACUAUCCCACCUUUACUUCAAAAAAGUCAGCAGAAUCGCUUACAAAACAAGGGAUUGAUACAAAAACAAUAUCAAGAACCUAUGCUUACUUGUGUCGAACAGUCCGAACAAGAUCAGCAAUUGCAACCAAGAGGCGAUUAUAAAUCAUACUAUACAUCAACAAACGGCGUUUCGUUAGCACAGAUAAAUACCGAUCCAACUAGGAUAGAAGAUAAACUUGUAAAGGAUGAAGGAGUAUGGACUAAAUUGUAUGCACAAUUACAAGACGUUUGGAAGUAUGGUUGUGCGCUAUACCACGAAACACGAUUUGGACCGUGGCAUCUUGGUCCGAUUGAUACUACAAAAUAUGAUCGUCAGUAUCUCGAAGAGCCCAUAAUGGAUUUGCUUAACGAGGCGUUUCAAAUUCAAACCCAUCAACGAUGGGUUUUUACGCAAAUAAUGUUUUUUGCCAAACCAAUUUUACACUCAGUGGCCGCACCUUUGGUUAAUAGGUUGAUUAUGAAGGGAAUCUAUUUUUUGAUAUGCGAAGAACAAAUCACGUUUUAUUUGCUGCUGCUUCGUACAGCAUUUUGGCCAGACAACAUUCCUGCUCCUAGUACAUAUAGUGUUCGUAGCGAACGAGAAAAGAAUGAAUCAAAACAGGAACUUGAAGCUCGUCUGAUAGCCAUGAUAUCACCUCUUUGUGCACCACUUCUUGGUCAGCAACUUGCAGAAGACAAAACACGAUUCCUUUUCAAUGUCUUUCAAAACAAGACGAUCAAUAAGCAUUUGAUUUUUGUGGUUGUGGAUUUAUUUUUAGCACAUUUUGCUCCCGAGUAUGCAGAAACUCGAGUUACAAAUGACUAG